AUGGUAGAGGAAAGUAUACUCAAGCAGAAGUCAAGAAUUCAGUGGUUAAAGCUAGAGGAAAUUCCAGCUAUAGAACCUGAGGUAUUGAAGAGGGGAAAUGUGCUGACAAGAAACCAACAGUUAAAGCUAAUAGCUCUUGUUUCAAAAGAACAUGUCUUCCAGGCUUUGCAACGUAUAGAUGAUUCUAAAGCCCCAGGUAUCCUUCAAAAGUAUCUGAGUUCAGACCAAUAUCCUGUUGCACCACCAUCUAUAAGGUUAUAUCCCAAAUUUAUCACUAGCAGACUACAAGAGGUAAAGGAUUAUUUGGUGGAUGAUUGCCAGUCAACUUUUGUACCUGGCAGGGUGAUAUCAGACAAUAUCAUACUUAGCAAUGAACUGGUUAAAGGGUACAACAGGAAGUCCACUUCACCAAGAUAUUGUAUGAAGAUUGAUAUAAGGAAGUCCUACGACUCUGUGGAGUGGUGCUUUCUAGAACAGAUUCUAAUGCAGCUAAUUUCUGUGAGAUAUUCAUCCAAUGGCUCAUGA